UCAAGAGUCAUGUCAGGCCACCCACGUUCGCUUCUGCUCCUUACGUCCCCAUGUCGUCGAGAAACUCGGGGUCCAGUCGCCAGUCCCCGACGUCCUCUACUGAGACCACAGAUAGUCCUGUUGAAGUUCCGCCAACCGUGAUUCGUCCGUCGUGCGCCUGGAGCGCCACUUACGUCACGUGCUUCCUCAUGGUCGCCGUGACCGGCUCGUGCGCAGCUUUCUACUUCGGUGUGGACGUCUCAAAGUGGCUGUCUCCGACACGUGUUUGCGUAACCCCAGGCUGCCUGCAGCUGGCCGACCGACUCACGGCGUCCAUCGACGCAGCCGUGAACCCCUGCGAUGACUUCUACCGCUUCGCGUGCGGCGGAAUUAUCGGCGCGGCGGCGAACUCAACGUCAUCGAAGUUACAUUCGACAUCUAAUUCAGGGGCAGACUUUCAGGGUGGCAUGCUGUCCAGGGUCCACGCCAUCCUGACCAACUGGGCCCUCGAAGACAAGAUCCAGACUCCGCUGCAGGCGUCCGCGUCCCUCUACCAGGGCUGCAUUGCCGUGGUCAGUGGACAAAAGAAGGGCGUACGACGUCUGGUGCGUUUUCUGCAGAAGUGCCGCCUUAACUUCGCCAAGGCCGAGGACCUUGACACGGAACCGCUGGACUCGGCGCUGAAUCUCGACGUGCGCUACAACGUCAAGACGCUGUUCGACGUAGCGGCCGAAGGUAACCAGCUCCUGGUGCGGCCCCGGCGCUCCCUGGACAUCUGGUCGUCGCAGCGUCAGGCGCUCGUCAAGAAACACACCUACAGCGAUUACCUUGAGAACACGUUCGCACUUCUGGGCUUCCCGACGCGCAUGAAGAUCGCCUUCAUGGCUGCGUCCAUUUGGGAGACUGAGGACGCGGUGCUGCGUCUCUUUGCUGGGGUCAAGCCGGAUGAAGAGACACUCGUGACGUUCAACUAUGUCGAGCCCGGCACCGUCAUGGACCGUCCUGAGUGGAAGGGGCACCUUGGUCGCUUCUGGGACCGUGUCGCCGUCAAGGGUGCCUCUAUGGCGACUUACCUCAAGCGCCUCUUCGCCGACCUCACGCCGUCGGCCAUCACCCAGUACGUUUUUUGGGAGGUCGUCCGGCAGUUGGGACCCUUAGCUGACUAUCGCCUGAGGUUUCCAGAGGAGAGCGUACAUCUCGUCGAAGAUCGUUGCUUCCGCGUCGUCUACGAUGUCGCCGGACUCGUACCUUUGGCGGUCGUUUUAGCGCAGGAGGUCAGCACCGAGACGAUCCUCUCUGCCGCGUCCUUUCUCACUAGGAUCGUUAGGAACUUGGGCGCGACGAACAUGACCAUACACGUGGUCGAUCCGAGACACCUGUUGCUGGAGACGAUAUCAGUCUGGUCCAAACCGGCGUCCAGUCCUCGUCCGGGAGACGUCGUGGCCGCUGAUAAUUCGUGGCCGCAGAUGCGUCAAUAUGACGAGGACGGCGCGUUCUUUGACUUCUACCUCCGCUUCCUGUGGACAUCGCGGGAGCGGGAGUUGGACUUGCUCAACGCCCUCGUGCCGGUGACCACUGAGCAAGACCUGCUGGCGUCUCGCUGUGCUGUCGACGUCGGUAACAACCGGGUUACGGUGCCGACUUCGAUGCUACUUCAGCCCUGGUUCUCGCUCGAAGUUCCACGCAGCUUCAACUACGCCGGCCUGGGGUUCGCCGUCGUUAGAGAACUGAUCCGCGCCGGUAUACAUCUAAAGGCGCGGUUUGCUUCUAUGUCGACCUUGGCAGGCGGCGACUGCAACCACACGGCUCGCGGAAGCGAUAGUCGCGCCCUGGAGGCCCUGCUGCGAGUCCUAGGCCAUGCAGGUCGGGAACGGAACAAGUUGAGGCUCCCGGGUUUGUUGGAUUCCAUGAGCGAGGAGCAACUGUUCUUCCUCGCCUACUGUACGGGCGGCUGCCGUAGCAGCGACGGCACCGAUAGCCACAUCGGCGAAUGCAACGAUGUGCUUCGCAGCACAUUACGCUUUGGCAGUUCCUUCCAGUGCGUGCGUGGAGUGCACAUGAAUCCGACGGAACUUAAUCGCUGCGCCAACGCGAAGCCUGCCCUGAAGAGUCACCUGAAGUCACUCUUUAGCGGCCCUUUCUGGCAUGACGUCGCGCGGAAGGUCGCGAACAUGUGGCCGCAUAACUGGACCUUGAGCCACUGACGAUGUUAACCUUGCUUGCUUCGGUUGUUAUUUUGUCCUUUUUUACAUUGUUUAUAUUUCUUUCCAUAUUUUGUUGUUUUAUCCCACGUGUGAACACACUGCACAUCAUAUUCCUAGAAGAGAGAUUUUCUACGUGUUGCGUUUUACUUUCUCGCUGAUGCAACGAA